AUGGUGCAGGUUUUGCACUUUGUCCUUUUCACUUUGUCUACACUAUGUUUUGUGCUCGAUGGAACACAUUUUCGUGGUGGUAUCAUCUCAUGGCGUCCAUUAGACAAUAUACCAACGGGUAACAAUACACAAAUUCUUAUACAUCAAAGGUAUUUUUGGAAUCGACAAUCGAGUCCUUUUAUUCCACCUUUCUGCACGGAAGCGAAUGUCACUGCUCAAUCACUUAUUCCAGUCAACUCUUAUAUGACUUGUUUAGCAAACUGCACAAGUUCUAACUAUCCUUCAAAUGGACUUUCAACCGUUAUGAUAACUACAGAUUGUGACUCAAACCCGAUCGUUCAAUCAUGGAGUGGCGAACGCUACAAUACUUUGACAAUGCUUUCGAAUACAUCGAUUACAAUUGGUUUUCCUUCAGGUGUAUGGAUGCCUACACUCUAUAUUGGCAGUGGAACUUCAUGGUCAAUUGUCAGUCGUCUGAAUUUAGCCCGGAGACCUGAUGGUUAUAUCAAUUCCAGUCCUGUUACAACUACAUUACCAGUAGUAUCUUACCAAAGAGGUGUACCAAUAGUUCAUAUUGUACAAAUGGCAGAUAUUGAUAGUACUGAUUAUUUGCAAUGUCGUUGGUCCAAUGCGAAUUCUACAACCAAUUACAAUCGUUUUGAUGAAUGUGGAGGUGUCUGUAGUGGACUACCUUCUGGGACUACACUCGACGGAUCCAGCUGCACAUUAAGUUUCAUUCUACCAACUGCUAAUCUGUAUUAUGCUUGUGCACUGCAAAUCGAAGAUUAUUAUACCCCCAGCUCCACGAGUCCAAUGAGUUCAGUUCCAGUACAAUUCUUAUUCUAUGCAUACAAUGCUUCCGUUAAUGCAUGUGCACAACGUCCUUCAAUUACUGGUGCCCGUCCCAAUAGAGCUUGCAUCGGAGCUCCAGUUGGUGUUCAGCUGAAUGAAACUGUAAUUGUACAAACAUACUGUCCUGGACAAACAAUUGUUGAUAUUGUCACUAGUUCACCUAUUGGGAUGACACAUAGCAAUAUUAGUAAUCCAAGUUCUGGUAUAUGGACAAUGACAUUGACAUGGACACCCACAGCAACACAAUCUAUAGUUCAAGGCUUUUGUGCUGCUGCAAUCGAUAAUAGUAGUCUACCAUCCGAUCCAUGGUGUAUUACAUUCUUAGUUAGUCUUGACGCAGUUAAUCUCAUUCAAAGCUCAGCUACACCAGUCGGCAUUAUCCUUCAAAAUCAAACCGUCUUUCGAAUUCAAGCCAACAUAUUCAUUACUCCGCCCUAUGGGUCUGUCCAACAUCGUAAUGGUACAUUUAUUUACUUCAAUGACGCCACGGUCAACGCAGUUGUUCAAAGUUUUGAUUGUGCUUGGGCACCAGAAGUAACAUACACAGACUCUUCAGUCAUCAUUCAGUUCCCAAUUGCACCAUGGGUUCCUGGACAUUCCUAUUAUGUCACAUUCGAUAGUGGUGUAGUAAGUGGAAGUUUUUAUUGUCAUGCUGAAUCUGCACCAGUUAGUAGUCCAACAUACUGGACAUUCAACGUUUUGCCUUCAACAACAACAACAACAACAACAACAACUACAACUACAACAUCUACAACAACUACAACAACUACAACUGCAACUAGUCAAACUACACAACUGCCUGAUUACUCAUGCAGUGAAAAUAAUGCCUCUAUUCAGUUUACAUUAUCUUCAUCAUCUCAUUCAGCUUGGAAUCCAACAUCAAGUUGUUCUUUACAACAAUGUAAUACAAGCUUGAAUGAUAAUAAUAAUUGUCUUUUAUCAUCGACACCUUGUUAUGAUUAUCGAACAAUAAAUAAUAUUAGUUAUUGUGCACCUGGUAUUUUAUGUUCAAUAUUAGAAACAUGUAGUAAUGUUACACAAGCAUGUUUAUCAAAUACUUCAGUGUGCGUUAUUAAUUCAUGUUGUUCACCACAAGCAGUAUGUUUACCAUUGUUAGCAACACAAAUGUGUAAAACAGGAUGGUUUUCUACUGCCAAUAUGACUGAUUCACGAUAUGGGCAUGCAGAAUCUGUAUUAUUAAAUGGGAAAGUAUUAGUUACUAGUGGAGUGAAUAGUAAUUUUUUAAAUAGUGCUGAACUGUAUGAUCCAUCAACAAGUACUUGGACAACUACUGGUAACAUGACUAAUGCAAGAUAUUUUCAUACAGCAUCAGUAUUAUCGAAUGGAAAGGUAUUAGUUACUGGUGGAUGGAAUGGUAGUGCUUUAUAUAGUGCUGAACUGUAUGAUUCAUCAACAGGUAUUUGGACAAGUACUUACGAUAUGAUUAGUCCACGAGCUUGGCACACAGCAUCUGUAUUAUCUAACGGAAAAGUAUUAGUUACUGGUGGAACCGAUAGUAAUAAUUAUUUAAAUAGCGCUGAGUUCGCUGAGUUGUAUGAUCCAUCAACAGGUACUUGGACAACUACAGGUAACAUGGAUGAUGCACGGUCUGAUCACACAGCAUCUGUAUUAUUAAAUGGAAAUGUAUUAGUUACUGGUGGAUAUGGUAAUAAUUAUUUAAAUAGUGCUGAAUUGUAUGAUCCAUCAACAAGUGUUUGGACAACUACUGGUAAUAUGACUAAUGCACGACAAGAUCACACAGCAUCUGUAUUAUCGAAUGGAAAAGUAUUGAUUACUGGUGGAGGUACCAAUACUGAUAUUUUAAACAGUGCUGAGUUGUAUGAUCCAUCAACAGGUAUUUGGACACUUACGAGUAAUAUGACUAUUGCACGAGGAUGGCACACAGUAUCUGUAUUAUCAAAUGGAAAAGUAUUAGUUACUGGUGGAGUUGAUAAUAGUGGUGCUUUAAAUAGUGCAGAAUUAUAUUAA